GUCGUGCCAUGGAAGCCAGGCUACUGCCUCUGCAAGUAGGGCGCACUAUGUAGGCACAAGAAAACCACAGCUCGACUGAGAGCAACAUACCUCAAACUGCUUUCAAGAGGGCCUCAAUUGCCCAGGCUUGAUUUGCCUUGAUUGCAUACCUGCCGUGUAGAGGAGACUCAGGAGAGUCUCUGUGGUAUCAUCACAAUUGGCCUUGUCGUGGGAGUUUGGCAUGGGCGAGGCGACGAGGAACGACAACCAUACCCGAACAUGAUGAAGCCCAGCUGGGCGCCCCUCAAUCAUCCAUGGGCCAUGAUGCCGUUGAUUGAUGUCCGUCAUUAUUACUGCUUCCUUCGCCCGCACCGGACUUACAUCAUGAUGCCAAGGUCAAUAGUAAUGAUGCCGGUAAUGAUUUCGGUUAGCCGACCGGAACCCCCUAUCCAGGGCAAGGUACAACUUGUGGCAGUCGCCAAGCUGGGGAACAGGUCGGGGAAAUGGACACCGACCUACAUGGAAGGAAAAUGUCGCCAGUAUCGCCAGUCUAGGAGGAAAAGUGCGCCUUGGCAAGUCAGUCAAGUCAAGACCACUUUGGAAGCCGUUGGCUCCAUCAGCGUAACGUGCUUCCCCACCCACAUGUACUGGCCCGUCUGGCCAAAGCUAAACAACAGAUCCACCGCGGUCGAGAUCUUGAAUCUCCCUAUCGAGAACUGCGCCUCGAGCCAUCUCUCCGGCUGGAAGAAAUCGAGGGGCGUCAGCGCCAAUGAUGUUCUCGGCCCAUCUCAGGCCCUUCGAUCACUGUCCGAUCCCGGCGUCAGGGGGAAGAUAGAACCCGUGCAAUCUAUGUCCUGUCUGGGGAACCUACUUGUAGAGAGGGCGGCCGAGGGCGGCUAGAGCCAGAGCGCUUUGGGAAUGACGACCUGCAGUUAGGGGUCCAAAAUGUUGGAGACGGUGGCUG